GUUCGCAGCCACUGCCCCCUCGGGGCAUCUCAGCGUCCAGCUUCCCGCACCCGCGCUGGCAAAGGGGGUCGCCCGGUGGGGAGGCCCGGGCCCCUGCCAGGGGCUGCCUCCUCCCGCGCGAGCUCGGCGCGGGCCCCAGAGCGGACACGAAUGGCAGGGGCCCCAGAUGGCCGCGGCCCCGCGGAGAGGGUGGAGCCGCGGGGGCGGCCGCGCCCCCUCCCGCGGGAGCCGCCGGGGAGCGCUGAGAGCUCAGGCUUCAGCCCUGGAGGGCGGACGGGCCAAGCGCCCUCGGAGCUGGCCGGGGCGGGGACCGCGGCCUCGGAGAUCCGGGCCGAAGAGAGGGGGCUCGCAGGAGACCGCGGAGAGCCGGCCGCGCCGAGGCCCGACGCCGCUGGGCGUUGGGGGCCCCAGGAUGGAAGCCGGGAAGAGAGGGGUUGCGCCGCGGUCGUCUCUGGCUUUUGCCCUCGCAGGCCUGGGGGUGGCAGACGCGGCCCCGGACACUCUGGCCGGCACGAGGAGGCAAAGAACGCUGACCCCGAGCGAGGUGUCGGGCACCUGGGGACGCGCCCCACCACGGCUGGGAAGCGCUGGAGCUGACCCUGCCUGCGAGCCCCGGGAUGCCUCGGAGCCCCCAGGUCCCGGGAAGCGCAGGAAAGGGGCCCGGGAGAAGCAGCCAGGGGCUCGGCAGCCGGGGGUCCUUCCUCGAGGACCGGCUGGAGGAGCAGGUGCUUUCUUUGCCUGUGGUUGGUCGCCCACAACAAAGGCGAUUCCUAGAGAUCCAAAUUACAGGGUGCGGGAGGCCGUGCAGGGUCUUAUUAUCUCGAGGUGUGCACAGAAGAAAAGCCACGUGAGGACACAGUGAGAAGGUGGCCAUCUGCAAGCCAAGGAGAGAGACCUCACCAAACACCAACGCUGGAGGCACCUUGAUCUCGGACUUCCAGCCGCCAGAACUGUGAGAAAAUAAAUUCUCCUGCCUCUGUCUCCGUUUCGCCAAACCCAAAGCUGAAUGAAGGCAGCUGUCCUGGAAGCCUGAGAAACUGCACCCUGCAGGGCAAUACAGAGCAGAGCAGAAAGGCAAG